AUGCCGGUCCUAUGCGCAGACCCCGCAGACCCGCAGACCCCGCAGCCAUGCAGCGUUCCAGGCUCCACAUUGUUGCUGGAAACCCUGUACAUUCAGAUGGAGUUCUGCGAUGGAACGACAUUGAGAGAGGCGAUUGUCAGUGGUGAACUGCAGAAGGAUGAAGCUUUGAUAUGGAAAUUGACCCACCCAGAUGGUGGGACCAGCCUUGGCAUGAUGAUGGCUGGUGGCAUGGGCAAUGGCGAUGGCAAAGAAGAGAUUCUGAUGGUGGUUCGCAUGGAGACCAAUGGCAAGAUGAAGAUGCGUGACAACGUGACCAGGACAGCUCCAAUGGCAAUAGAGGUGCUGGAGAUGCUGAAAGAAGCCGCAGUGAGAGCCGCAAGCCGCCCAGAACAGGAAAAGAACAUGUCCCGAGUGUUGGUGGAGAGUCAGAAGGGAUAA